AUGGAUAAUUCAUUCUUGAUAUCAAUAGCUUUACUUAUAAGCGGAAUUCUAAUCUUGAUAUAAAUUAUAGUUUUCAACUCGGACAUGAAUAGAUUACAAUUGACAAUAACCAUUAGCUAAAUAAUUGCAAGCAGUGUCUUCCUAAUUAAACCUUAUCUAAGAAGCAAGAUGGUUUUUCUCAUUUCUUUUAUCAACGCAUAACAAAUUUUAUAGUAGACAAAUUUUGCCUUCUUAUUUAUUGUGUUAACUCAGAUCUUAAGUUGUGAAUUGGAAAUAGAGAAGGAAUUAAACAUUGCUUUUAGGGUGUUACUUAUAAUCUCAUAAAUAUUAAGGGUAAUAUUGUUUUGGGAAAACGACAUAUUUAAGGGAGCUCAGUUGAUUUUUUCAAUGCUUUUUUCCUGUAUUUUGUGGCUGAAAUCCUACUUGCAAUAGAGAAAAAAGAAAAAAAGCAUUAUCUAAACAUCUCGUGAUCACAAUAAUAAUGUAUAUUAGAAUUCUCAGACUAACUUGAUAGUAUCAUUAAAAUAAUUAGAUAGUGAAUUAGGAAUCCUUGAUAAUCUGCCCAUUGGAAUCAUGAUACUAGAUUUACAACAAAGUAUUAAGUAUUUAAAUACAUUUGCAAAACAAUAUUUUAAGAACUUUGAUUGUGAAAAACAUGAUGAAAUUAGUCUUCAAUUAAAACAUUAAUUAAUUAAAAUGUUGCUUGAUCAUAUAGGAGGACCUGAAGAUUUAAAUAAUGUUAAUGAUAAUUAAAAAUCAAACAGGCCUUUCUUAUCAAGCAUUAAAAUAGAUGACCCCGUUUAAAUCAUUUUAGACUAAAAGGAGGAGUAGUUUAAUCUAGUUUAUAAAUAUAAGGAGGUUAACAAAAAUGGAAGUAUUAAAUUUAAAGUAGUUAAAAUAAUACUUAUACAGUAAUUCUUUAAAUCUGAAGAAGUUACAAUUGUGUUGAUUUAAAAUGUGUCCAGCAAAGAAAAGAAAAAAGAAUUAACCUAAUUUAUUAAAUUUUAAAAUAGCAUUCUAAAUUCAUUUUCACAUGAAUUAAGAACACCAUUAAAUAGUUCAUUAUAAUUAUUAGAAGCAUUAUCAACAAAAUUGAGUGAUUAAAUGAAUCAAGAGUAUGUUUAGCCUAUAUUAAAUUCUAAUAGGUUACUGCUUUUUUAAAUUAAUGAUAUCCUCGAUUAUGCAGCCAUGUAAUCAAAUUAAUUCAUUCAUCAUUAUUCUUUAUUCAACAUUUAGGAGGUUGCUGAUUAUAUAAAAUUGUUGUACUCUUCAGCUUGCUCUCUUAAAGGGAUAAUUUUAACUUGUAAAAUUAAAUUAGAAAAUUAUUUCGUUAAUAAUGAUAAACAACGAAUCAUACAGGUUCUCAUAAAUUUAUUAAAUAAUUCACUAAAGUUUUCUCCUUCGAAUACUCAUAUAAGGGUUUAAUUUAAAAAGAAAAACAAAAGUUCUCAAAAAUAUAUUAAAGUCAAAGUCAAAGAUUAAGGAUUUGGAAUAUCAGAGUAAAAAUUAAGUUUUAUUUUUCGAGAAUUGCACUCAGUAUCUUCUGAAGAAAGUGGCUACUGGAUGACUCAAAAUUAAUUGUCGUCAGGUAUAGGAUUGAAAAUGUCCAAUCGCUUAAUUCAAGGAUUGGCAUAUUCUGAACCUAGAAAAAAUACAUUCUCUAUAAAAUCUGCACUUUAGUAAUAUACAUGCAUAUCCUUUUAUAUUUCAGAUAUGAUCAUAAUAAAAGAGGAAAACGAAUCAUUUUCAAAUGCUCAAAGUGAUGAUGCGCUUUUUAUUUCAGUGCACAAGAGCUUGGAUUAUAAAUUGAUUCAGAACAUCAAUCGCAAGUCUUGCAAUUGUUCAGAAAUAUUACUUGUUGAUGAUGUGCCAUUUAAUGUCCAAGCCUUAAAAACUAUUUUAUUGCAAAAGAAGAUUAAGAGUGAUUCUGCUUAUAAUGGAAUUGAGGCUAUGGAUUUAGUUAUCAAGAAGUAUCAGUAAAAUAUAUGUCAUCCUACCUAUUAAUUGAUAGUAAUGGAUAUAGAGAUGCCUCUACUAAAUGGCUUAUAAGCAACUUAAAAGAUAAUAUCAUUUUUUAAUUCCCUAAAUAUAUAACCUCCAGCAAUAGUAGCUUGUACUGCUUAUGAUUCAAAUAAAGAAGAAUUUUCCAUCUUUUCGGAUACAUUACCAAAACCCAUUGAUCAAUAGAAGCUAAGAACUAUUUUAAAAAAGUAUUUAAAUAAUUUUUUUUGA